AAUAUUAGCCAACCAACUGCGGAAGUAAAAUGAUCACAUGCAAGGUCGCCUGCUUGCUGCACUUGUUUGCGUUCAGUUGAAUCAGAGUUAGGGCUGACUUCCUUGUGGGGAACAGCAUUGCUCAGACGCCAGCCUGGUGUAUUAGCAGUGGGACAAGGCAACCGGUGACUCAAAGCAUAGUAUCGGACAAGUCACAGAGCUCUCUCUGAUUCCAGCAAAAAGCAGCCGAGAGAACAAAAGCAUUAAGUAAAGGGAACAGAAAAGCCUGCUGAGACUGGCCCUGGCAGGUUCACAUCCUGCAUACUAGUAACAGCCCAGACCCAGAGGAAGUACCUGCUGUGCAGAUGGAAGCACACCUGGGCAAGAUGGAGUUUUUCUGCAAGCUGGGGUAUGGCAAGCAGGACAUCUGCAAAGUGCUGGAGAAUCUGGGCCAAGGGGCCCUGGAGGAUGAUUUGCUAAAAGAGUUGAUUCGGGUAGGUAGCAGGCCUGCAGUUCAGGAGAGGCAGGCCCAGCAUCCUCUCCCAAAACUUGUUCCCCGGGGGUCAUGUAGCAGUCUGGCAGUGCUCAAGGAGCCAGAAGAGGAUGCAAGCAAUUCUUCCAGUCACUUGAGAUCUAUCGUGAUCGAUGGCAGCAACAUUGCUAUGAGCCAUGGGAACAAAGAAGUGUUUUCAUGCCGGGGGAUUCAGCUGGCAGUGGACUGGUUCAAGGAGAGAGGCCAUAAUGACAUCAAGGUCUUUGUCCCAUCGUGGAGAAAGGAAGCACCACGAUUUGAUAGCCCCAUUACAGAUCAGCACAUUCUUGAUGAGCUUGCAAAGCAAACCAUUCUCGUGUAUACCCCAUCCCGCAAGGUGAAAGGCAGGCGAGUGGUCUGCUACGACGAUCGCUAUAUAAUUAAAGUGGCCCAUGAGAAAGAUGGGGUUAUUGUUUCAAAUGACAACUACCGGGACCUCCAGAGUGAGAAUCCUGAGUGGAAGUGGUUCAUAGAGAAGCGGCUACUCAUGUACUCCUUUGUCAGUGACAAGUUUAUGCCUCCUGAUGACCCACUAGGCCGUCAUGGACCUACUCUUCACAAUUUCCUCAGCAAAAAGCCAGUGCUUCCUUUUAUUAGAUGGCAGCCUUGUCCUUAUGGCAAAAAAUGCACAUAUGGCAGCAAGUGCAAAUUUUUCCACCCAGAACGAUUGCAUCAAGCUCAGCUGUCAGUGGCUGAUGAGCUCCGAGCCAAAACAAAGGCCUCCUCUCGAAGCUUGGGGACAGAGGAAGAAAAGCUGAAGGCUGUCCCGACUACAACCCAAGGAGGAAAUGCAUCCCACGGUGCUUGCAUAGAAAGGCUGCGGGAAUCCAGUGGUGCUAUAGGCGGCAGCAGCAGCUCCAAUCAGAGCUUUGCAAUGGAUUGGUUCCAUUCCACGCAACAGGAAGGGAGCUACACCGAGCAUUCAGCUAGAACCUGGGGAGGAGACAGGCUGCUCUGUAAGCUGGAACCCCAACAAAAUGUAUUGCACCAAGACCUACAGAGAGAUCAAAGGCUCAUGGAAAAGCAGCUCUCUGCGUUAUCCCUUAGGGACAAGAUAUAUAGUGCAAAUAGGCUAGCAGACAUCUCUGAGAGAGGGGAUGCAAUGGACAGUACCCAUCAAUGCUGUAAUCUUAGACACAAUCACUGUCACAAUCUAUACAUAACUCAUCACAACCACAGUUUGGACUGCAUGUGCUUACAACAGUGCGAGCUGCCUUCUCAUCUUUGUAGGCACCCAGCUCACCCUAGGUCUGAGCACCACUGCAAUGUGCAAAUGUCAGCAGCGCAGAGUCAGAGAAUCCAAUACAUUGUGGACAGAUCUCAGUCCACACAAGGCCUACAGGCCCAACAGCAAGUCAAACACACUGUCAGGUCUCCUCUGAACGGCCCAUUUCCCUACAGCAAACAUGAAGAUGGACAAUACCAAAGGCAUUUGCAGAAUCAGCCUCCCAUUCAGCCAUUUUUGUUAGACCCCCGCAAGGGGCCCGGCUCCUUCAGCUACUCACCCACUUCUCACAGUGAGUAUCUCCCGAAUCAUGCUCCAGAGCCACUUGCUGGAGAGCGAGCGCACAUCCGCAGUGUGCUCUGCUCUUUCUUCCCAUACGAUGUAGUGGAUCAAGUCAUGUUCUUGUACCCUGAUCUCAAGGAUAUGACUAGUUUAAUUUCACUAAUUCAAAGACACAAGCACUUAUGAAGUGGUGGAGACUCUCCUCACAUCAGUGCCCGCAAAAGAAAACCAAAAACCAAAAGACUCUGCCAGCUGGGGCCAGGGGUCGAAGGUUGUUUCCAGCUCUGCCAGUGACUCACUGUGUAGCCUUAGGCAAGUCAAUUAGACUCAAAUAGUGGCAGGCAGCCACGGGCCCAGCAGGCAAUGGUACGGAGCUGCUCCACCCAUGGAGGGAUUCUGGGGAGGGACUGUGCCUUGGAGAGUGAUUCCUUCCUUGAGGCACAAUCCUCACUGAGUUCCCUAGAAGAGGACAGGGAGACUGUGCCAUCCUUAGGAUCGCCCUCGUGUGGAUGGCCCACUCUACUUCCUGUUGUGGGGCUGUUGCGCCUUCUUAUCUUCUGAGAGAUGCCAGCCAUCCCUGGAAGUGGAGCAGGUCCUGGGCUCACCAGCAUACAGGUGCUGCAAUUGUGACUGACCUAUAAGCAGGCCACACAAGGAACAUGUACUCUGAAAACCUUCCACCCAUCCAAAGAAGGGUCAGUCACAAUCGGGGCCUUUAACCUGCCUGUUCUUUACUUGCUAACAACAUUGCCCCACCUUACAGAGCAGUUGCUUGCCAGACUUAGUGUAUGCUUUACAAGCACUUUAAGAUGCUAUUGCAGUGGGUUUCAGCCUGUGGUCAGCCUGUGGUUUAGCAGGCCAAUGCUCAAACCACUGAGCUAUCCCUCCCUCCUGCUCAUGAGAACAAUGUGGGACAAUCUUCCUUUGAAGAGAUUUGCACUUUUAAAGGAUUACCCCCAGAACUCAGAUUUUCUUUAAAAAAAAUAAAAUAAAGUGAUGACAAUCCAUAGAAAGCCACAGAGCAUAUCUCCCACUAGCAAUGGCUCCCUCCCAUGAGGGCCAAACUUCUCCCGGUCUCACACAGAGCUGCUUUCACGGUCUUUCGGUUACUCUGUUGAUAUGACAAAGGUUGAAUGGGAAGACUGAGGUUCUGUUCCCAUUGCAGAAAUGCAUGCAGGCUUCCUGCAGUGUCCUCAUUUCUGUGUGCUUAGUUGAACUAUUUGGAAAAUUCAGAACUUCAGCAGAGAAUAAAUCCUGCAGUUUUUUACUCACAGACGAACUUAUCCAUUGAAGCUAAUGAGAGUUCAGCCCAAUUAAGGAAUAUAUUACUGCAAGAUUUGAGCCCUUCCCAAAAAGGGGUGGCCUCAGGAUGCAAUAGCCUAUCCUGUGCGCUCUGGAAAAGGAGACAGUUUCACCAUGCCAAAAAUGAGUUGGGCACCCAAAGACAGACACACCAAAUCACUAGUCAUGUUUUAAAAUCAUGGCCUAAAAAGUGUAGUUACGUCAAAAGGCUCAUACACUCUCUCUGAGCUUUGUACAAACUUCCCAUUAUAGGAGCUCUGCCUACAAGAUCUACUAUAUUGCUUCAUAGACAUUGGUCACACACCAACAUUACAUUUUUAAUGUGGCCUUUUCCCACAUUAGUCUGACAUCCCAGCUAUAAGAUAUCAUUGGCUUUUAUUCAUUGCAUGUCUGCCUUUAUAAUUACAGCCAUUAGGCCCAAUCCUGUCCUCACUGAAUGGUUAACAACUCCCAUCAGCUUCUGUGGGAGCAGGAUUGGACCCAUUUUAUACUUCACAAGAUAAAAAGUAGGUUUCUUUUAAAUAUCUGUUUUGUUAGUUAAGAAAUAUUAGCAGGGUUCCUACAGACCAUGGUAGAGACAGCUGAAGCUGAUGAUGAUACAUGUUCAGCACUUUAGUGCAGUUCAACUCCGUUUAGUGGGUUUAUCUUUGACUUAAACCCUGAACUCCUCUGAAUUUUUUUCUGGACAAAACACAAAGGAUGGUGAUAAGAAGAGAAGCUGUUUUUCUUAUAUGAAGAAACAAAAACUUAACUGAGUUAAAAUGACCUUUAGUUACCCACUAUGGUCCCAGAUGUAGAGCUGCUUUAUGGAUGCAAAUGUUUAAACUGUGUUCCUUUGGGACAUGUUUGAUUUUGGCAAGCUGUAAAGCUUCUAGCCUGUGCCAUUUAAUUAUCUAGGUUACAGAACAUGAAAGUUGACCCUUUUUGGAAUUUUUCUAAACUCCAAGUAUGUCACACUGCAAUAUUGUAAACAUAUUAAAUGUUCUUCAUUAUAUUGAUGA